AUGUUGGCUAAAACCCCUAUCCGGAUUGCCAGAGCGGCCAAUGUCGCCCGCAGCUUUUCCGUUUUUGCCCCAAGGGCGCUCCGCGCGUCUCAUGUCGCCAGAAACUCCGAGGAGCCUUUGGUGGACUUGAACAGCUUGCCCAGAAAGUCCAAGGGUCCUCUUCAUGUGCCGCUUGUCAACCCUACGGAGAAGUACCGCGAGGUUCUGGAAGAGUUGCACAAGUUUGGUACUUACAUCAUGUCUUGCAUGCCAAAAUACAUCCAGCAGUUUAGCGUGUGGAAAGACGAAUUGACCAUCUAUGUUGCACCUUCGGCGAUCCGCCCUGUGAUGGUCUACUUGAAGAACCACACUCCUGCGCAAUUCAAGGCAUGCAUGGACAUCACGGCGGCUGACUAUCCAUCCCGUGCCAACCGUUUUGAUGUGGUGUACAACUUGUUGAGUGUGCGUCACAACUCGAGAAUCAGAGUGAAAACAUACGCUUCCGAAACAUCCUCGGUGCCAUCGGUGGUUCCUAUCUACCAAGGUGCGAACUGGUACGAGAGAGAGGUGUAUGACAUGUUUGGUGUGUUUUUCGAGGGCCACCCAGACUUGAGAAGAAUCAUGACCGACUAUGGUUUCGAAGGUCAUCCUUUGAGAAAAGACUUCCCAACUACAGGCUACACAGAGGUCCGUUACGACGAGGAAAAGAAGCGUGUGGUGUACGAACCUUUGGAGUUGACCCAGGCUUGGAGAAACUUCACUGUGGGUUCUUCGGUGUGGGAGCAAGUUGGAGACGGAAAGGACUUUACCCCAGAAACUUUCAAGUUGCCAACGCCGGAACCUGAGCCAACUGAGGAGGAGAAGAAGUAA